UUCCUCUGGUUAUGCACGAGAGUUCCAUUGCUCUACAUUCUUACCAAGGUAGUAAAUGGAAAGUUUCCAUAAUCACCAGUGACUUGCCAAAUGCAGGGACCAGCUCACAGAUUUAUAUUAUACUAUAUGGAGAACAUAGAAGUUCAGCCCCCAUAUAUCUUUGUGAAACAGAUGGAGCUCGAUUUCAGGAUGGCCAUGAAGACAUAUUUACUAUCACAGUUGGUGACAUUGGAACACUCUUUAAGAUUCGUAUUGGUCAUACCAACUAUGGAUGCUCACCUUCCUGGCACUGUAAGGAGAUACAAUUGCAGAACAUGAAUUCUGGAAGUCAGUUUUAUAUACCUGUUCAACGAUGGUUGGCACGGGAUCAAGAAGAUGGGGAAAUCUGUCGAGAAUUUCCUAUUUUAAAUAAAGGACACCCUAUCCUUCCAGUGACAAUAUAUGAAGUGUAUGUGGCAACAGGUGAACUAUGGAAUGCUGGAACAGUAGCCAAUGUCUACAUUUCUAUCCAUGGGGAAAAAGGAGAUACAGGAUCCAGACAACUAUUUAGAUCAAAGAGCUCCUUCAACUUUUUAAGAGGACAAACGGACACCUUUCUCCUUGAAGCUGUGCACCUUGGAGAUUUGUACAAGAUUGUGAUAGGCCAUGAUGGACUUGGCCCAGGAAAUGGCUGGUUUCUUGAAGAUGUUGUCAUCAAGGAUCCUACUACAAACCACAAAUAUGCCUUCUUUUGUCACAGAUGGCUGGAUCAAGGGGAAGAUGAUAGUAAAAUUGUAGUAGAACUGUAUGCCAGUGAUAACAGUAUCUUCUCUGCAAGUAAGUGUCAUGUACACACAUUUCUUGGAAAAUUAUUUUAUUAUGAUUGAACAAAGCAUGAUGCUGUCAAAAUUAAUGGUCCUCUCUUUAUUUUCUCAGGGAAGAAGGUAGAACUUAAGAGAAAACAAACAUGGACUGCAGAAAGCUGGAAGUUCAGAGAAGGAAAUACUAUUCAGUUCUACAACAGGCUGACUGGAGGGUUUGUCCGUCUGCAUCCAGAUGGCACUGUUGAUGCCACUGGGGAGAAGAGAGACAAAUACGGUCUCUUUGAUGUUAUUUUCAACAAAGGAAAUAUAUGCAUUUUCCAAAGUCAUGAGAUGAGGCAUCUUUCUCUUGCUCUUGACAAUGGCUUUGUCACUGGAAUGGCUAGUGGUGGAGCCGCCACUGAGCUGCAGGUGCUUUAUCAGCCCAACCGCUGUGCACUUCUUGAGUCUGCACUAGUUCCUGGUCACAGGGUUAUUUUUGAUCGUCAUGGCAGAAUAGCUGAUGAAUCAUCAGCCGGCUGUGCAGACCUUUCAAAAGAGUUUGUGAUUUUUGUCAAGGGAAUGUUCCUCAACAGUGCUGUGGUUCUACUUGCUACAAGCCUGUGUCAGGCCCUGUGUCUCCAGCCUGAUGGGAGCUGCACUGGAGUGGGAAACCAGUCUGAAAAAUCCUACUGGAAAGUGCAUAAAAUCAGCUCUGGGAUUUGCAUGUUUGAAAGUGUGAAAAAUGCACAGAUGUAUCUAAGGAUUAAGGAUGGCCAGUGUGAUGGAACAGGUACAGGAGAUACUGAUUGUUGUUUUAAAAUUAAGAAGAACUUGGAAAAUGCAUCUAUAAGCCUGGAAUCUACAGAUAGCCCAGGGUUGUUUGUUGGACUUCAGUCAGAUGGACAGGCAAAACCAGUGAUUUAUACCAAAGAUGAGAAUGUUUGCUUCUAUCCACAAGUUAUCCAAUGCUGGCACAGAAUGGCACUCCUACUCAACAAAGUGGGCGUGCCAUCUGCUGCUGGAGCUCCACAGGGGAACAGACGACUUGAAAUCAAGCAGAAGGUUGGCAGAGAAAACCCAAUGGGAAUGUCUGCAAUACCCAGUCAAGGGGAAGAAAAGAUCCAUGAGUCAAAAAAACAGAAAAAACUACCACGAGAAUCUGAGGCCAGGAGUACCUUACUUUCUUCAACUCCAGAAGAAAUCAGACAUUCCCAAAGUAGUGAGACUCUUCUGUCAGAAGAUGAAUGGAAGGUGUUAGUGCUGACGGGAAAUACAGGGACUCAAGCCAAUGUCACGCUCUGGGUGUAUGGAGAUGAAGGAGUCAGUGGACCAAUAAGUCUUAGCAAGGACAGCCCUGAGCCACUCUUCCUUCCAAGACAGGCGGAUGAGUUUCAGGUUGAAUUAAGAAGCAUUGGAAAGAUAUAUAAGAUAAGAAUAGAGCACGAUGGAAGUAGUGAGCAACCUGAGUGGAACUUGGAGAAGCCUCAGACAGGUCCUUCAGGAGUUAUUCCAGAAGAAGGCAUUGUUAUCAUAGGAGAUGACAGUUCUAUGUGUAUUAUUGCCCCUGAAGAAGAAAUCAAGACUUCCAAAAGUAGUGAAGACUCUUAUGUCAGAAGAUGA